AUGGCAUCACCCAACGUUAGCUUGUUGCUGGUGCUCGUCAGCUUGAUGUGUUCUGCAGCAUUCUCUUCUGGAGAGAGUACCUAUGCCACCGGUUUGUCAGAGAAUUUCUAUGAUACUUCUUGUCCUCAAGCAGCUUCUAUUGUAGAUGCCUUCGUUACCAAAUACCUCCAGAAAGACAGGAAUUUUGCUGGUGCUUUUAACCGAUUGCAGUUCCACGAUUGCUGGGUUGGGGGUUGUGACGGUUCUGUUCUUCUGAACUCCACUGCAACGAACCAAGCAGAGAGAGAAGCUCAUGUCAACUUCGGGCUCAGAGGUGUUGCUGAGAUCGAUGAAAUCAAGGCGGCUCUAGAAUAUGCGUGCCCAGGUGUUGUCUCGUGCGCAGAUAUCCUCAUCAUGGCAGCUCGUGACGCCACGGUCAAAGUUGGAGGUCCAACGUGGACUGUGGCAACUGGUCGCAGAGAUGGAGUUCGGUCGACCGACUUGAUGGCUGACACCAAUCUUCCCUUCCCAGUUUUGAACUUCAGCGGACUCGUUGCCAACUUCGCGGCCAAGGGCUUCAACGCCAGAGAAAUGAUCACUCUCUCAGGUGCACACACCAUUGGACGGUCCCACUGCAAUGGGAUCCUCCCGCAUCUGUACAACUUCACGGGAAAGGACGAUGUCACAGACACAGACCCUGCCAUGGACAAGGAGUUCUCCGUCCUCCUGAAGACGCUUUGCCCGCAGGGGAACAGGACCAACACCAUCUUCAUCGACUCGACGGCAAAUCAUUUCGAUCGCCUCUACUACAAAAAUGUGCUGGGAGGCCGAGGAGUGUUCAUUACGGACUCUGCCCUCAUCACGGACCCCGGAAGCAAGAAGGUUGUGCAAUCGUUCGCCAAGCGCAGCUCCACGUUCUUCUCGGAAUUCGCUGCUGCUAUGGUGAAGAUGGGUGACCUUGGGGUGCUGACUGGCACGCAAGGUGAAAUCCGCAAGACCUGUCAGUUUGUGAACUAG